UGACGGUACCAAUGAGGUGUUUAGGACUCUGCCGUACAUGGUUAUCGGAUAAAAAAGAACAGAAGAAAGUUUACAGCUCAUGAAACUAUCAUCAGAAUGAAUGGGACGGCUUAUUCCAACUUUGACAAGCAAGAACAUGUCUUGAAAUUAGGAGAGACGUUUGAGAAACAUCCUAAAAGUGGCUACCAUACAGUGCGAUAUGACUUCAAGCCAGCCUCCAUUGAUACAACAUGUGAAGGGGAGCUUGAAGUGGGCAAAGGAGAGCAAGUCACUAUUACUUUACCCAAUUUAGAGGGUUCAAGUGCUCCAGUAACAGUCUUCAAGGGGUCAAAGAGGCCGUACAUGAAAGAGUGCAUCCUCAUUGUGAACCAUGACACAGGGGAGUACAGAUUGGAAAAACUCAACAGCAAUAUAGCUGUGAAAAAAACCAGGGCUGAGGGCAGCAGUAAGAUCCAUUCUCGCCUGGAGCAACAGACCAGUCGCCUGAGUCAGCAACAGCAAGUGAAGAGUAACAACAGCAGCAGUAACAAGACCUCAGCCAGCUCCAAGAAUUCUCCUCCCAAAGAUAAGACCUCCCCGGCAUCUCCCAUGGACGACAUCGAGAGAGAGUUGAUGGCAGAGGCUCAGGUCAUGGACCAGCUGAGCAGCGGUGACAGCUCCUCAGAUUCCAACAGCUCCUCGUCCUCCAGCAGUGAUGACAGCUCCAGCAGCAGUGACUCUGAAGAUGAGCGAACUUCUGCGCCACCCACAGCCCCGGCCAACCAUAGCAUGCCUAUCCUCACCACCAGUGCCAACACCAACACUCGCAACCAGGAGAGUGGAGGAGGGCUCAUGAACACACUCAAGAAUGACCUCCAGUUGAGUGAAUCAGGCAGUGAAAGUGACUGAACGCAGGGACGUCUGUGGACAUCAGAAGGAUUUUCAGUGAGGAAACAGACCGGGUACCGGGUACAGACCUGUCAGUGUCUUGCUUCCUUUAAUGUGGAAACUGUCUUCUCUACAUAUUCACAAUUCUGCUAGCUAAAUACAAUUAGUUGCUUCUCUGCCAACAAACUUCAAAUUUUAUGUCACAUUUAUUGCUUCAUGAUUUUUUUUUUUUUUUUUUUGGUGGAUACUGUAUGUUAAAGAGAUAUCUUAGUUCAGAGUGAUGUAGUUGGUGUAAGAGAAGCAGUAAAUUCUAACAAACUAUCCAUAAUGUUUCGUCUCACUGGAUGCACAUCUGUGGUUAAACUGACCAAGCAUAUCAAAGGCAGAAUGAUGAGUGUUAAUGUGGAUGUUUCUGCACACCAAUCAGUUGUCUUAAACCACCACUGGAGUUUCUGCAUUUCAGCUUAGCAAUAUUAGGAAUUUUGCUGUGCCUUAGGUCGGUUCAGAUGUCGGUUAAUAGCUUUAGUUCAGCUGCAUUAGUUUCUGAUUGGAGACAUUAAUCUGUUUCAACAGAUUUUAGGAUGAGCCACACUCAUAUGACUUAGUUAUUUUAAAGUUAGCUGUAGAGCCUUUUGCUUUAGAUUACUGAAACGCAGCUGCAGGACAACUAAACAUUUUCAUUUAAAGAUGCAUCAAUUAAAAUUAAAAUGUUGGCAGUGCUUCAGGGGCAAUGGAACAAGCUGAAAACCUAACAUUGAUGUAUUCUCUCUACACCCAGCAGUCACAGAUCAACAUUAGCAUUUAUUUGUAGUUGUGUUUCUUGCAAACUGAAGAAUAUUCACUCUCCUUUUAGCUCUGUGUUGGGUCUUCACCAACUGCGUUAGAAAAUAAUCUGGCUCUUUAGCCGCUAAAUGCUCCACUAUGUCCACCAGCUAGUUCCUAACUCUGUCUCUGUCUGCUGUUUGACACUGGGUGGGUAGUGUACAGUUUUAUCAGUGUUUUGGCAGAUAACAGCUGCCUGCUGUGACUGGAAACUGGGUGGAUGAGAGCAUUGGUGUUAGCCAGAAAACCAAAACAAAGAGCUGAAAGACACUUAAAUGCUCUAUAGAGCUUAAGGGCAAAGGCGGGCGAUAAUUAAUAUUGAUUAUUGCAGCUUUAUGUUUAUUGUGAUAUCUUAGUAUAUAAGUGAUUUCUGGCGAAGUAGUGCACUAGUACUCAGUUGACUCAGUGAGGGUCAUGCUUUGUAGCUUUAAACCUGCAAUACUUGAAUCUAAUAAUUAAUAUUUCAAAAUAUACUCGGCCAAUGGUGAAUUGCUUAAUAUAUUUGACAUAUAGCCAAGCAAUUGGUGGUGCAAGUAAGUAUGAACUGUAUUGUGUAAAACAAGCCAGAUGCUUUGAUACUGCACCUCAAUGUGAGUCUUAAGGGACUUCAUGUGCCUUUCGUUAUUUGCCUCUGCCAGUUAUAACAUAGGCCUCUUCUUCUUGUUUUUGUCACAAGCCCCAUAUCACUGCUGAGCUGUCUCAGCAAACAGGAAGCUGCUAUUUAUGUUCCAGCAUUUCUUUGGCAUCCCAGCUGACUCCAUACGGUGAGAGACUGAGAUAAAAAUCAUGUCUUAAGUCAAUAAUAUGUUUUAGCAUUAAGGAGAACGCUGGCCUUGGAGCAUCAUUUGUAAACUAUUUGAGAGUCAUUUCUUUGUAGAAAAAUAAAGAUUUUAAAAGUA